GAUUUACUGUUACACAAAUUUGCCAGGAAAGUUUCUGAUAAUCGAUUGGUUUCCGGCUUUUGGUGGUUUGAAGUAGUUUAAAACUAUUUACCUUGGCUCAUAAAAUGCCAGAAAGGGUGUAGUUAUCAGCACUAGCGGUACCUGCUGUGAGUGUAUGUUACGAUUAUGAAAACCCAUUUGCCGCGGAAUGAAGUAAUCAAAGUGAAUAAUAAUUGAAGCAGAAAUCCUUUAGCUUAGUGAGCCAACAGCGUCUUAAGUAUAGCAGUGCAGUACAGCAAACAAUGGAGACGGAAAAUUCCACCAAAUACCAGAAGCUGGCAGCUGAAUACGCAAAGCUGCGAGCGCAGGCCAGCGUCCUUAAACGUGCCGUGCUGGAAGAGCAGAAUAAAAGCUCUGUGCUGCGGGAAUCGGUGCGGAUCAAGGAAGCCAACCUGCGAAAAUCGGAACAGGAAGUGGACAGUCUCGGCUUCCGGAAUAAGCAGCUGGAACGGCGGGUGGCCACAUUGCAGGAAAACCUUGAGCAAGAGUUGAAAAAGGUCGCCACCAAGGGACAAAAGUCGAAGACGAGUAACGAUGGUCUGUCGAUCGGUUCUACAGCCGCUGCGGAUUCCAUGGUGAUUGCAGAGGAACUACAGAAAAAGAUUCUGGAGAAUGCUCAGCUUGUAACACUGAUGGACGACAAAAAUGCCGAAAUAAGGCAGUUUCAGUUGCGUUUGGAAGGACUUGAAAAAGAUUUACAGCAGCAGGCCUCAGUGGAACAAAAGUUGCGCAAGGAGAUGGAAACACUGACUUUGAAGAACACAGAGUUGGAAUCAAAAAUUUCGGAAGCGACUAGCACGAUUGGCAGUGAGGACGGGUUAAGUGUAACAGCAGAUAUGGAGAACCACUUUAAUAAUCAUUUCAGCAGUAGUGCUUCCAGUCAAGUGACAACAGGUGCGGUAGCAGGAGCUGCUACCAAUCACAACAAUAAUAAUAAUAAUGUUGCUGGAAGUAAUAAUCACAAUAAUUAUGACGAUCGAAUAGUGUUCCUUGAAAAGGAGUUAAGUCACUGGAGAGCGCAGUACGAGUUACUAAAAAUCGAAUCCGCUAGUCACCAACAUCGAACAUCGGCUGCGUUGGCCGUGGAUAAUGCCUCUAUGAAGCUGGAAUUGUCACCGCCAGAUGUGGUAGAUAAAAACGCGGAGGACAAUCAGACCCAAAGUGAGUACCAGGCUCGAGAACAACAGAUGACGGAAUGCUUCACUAAAAGUAUAGGAGGUUUGUUCCAUGACAAGUGUAGAGCAGAGUCCAAGCUUGCUUCGCAUUUACUAGAGUCUCAAAGACUGCAAUCUCAUUUGGAUAUCGUGAAAAACCGACUGAAAGAAUGUGAAGAAGCCAAACGUAACGAGGAGCACAGAUAUCGCAUUAUCGAAGAUGAACUGGGACGCACUCGUUCUAACUACGAAGAGCAAAUCAGCGUGCUUACGGAGCAGGUUAUUAGCCUGAGCGAUCAGCUGGCUAACUGUAAAUAAACAGUUAGGAAGUUCCUGUUUGUUCUUUCGCUAGCUGAUAGGAAAGUCUUCUCGAUAGAAGAGAAAAAAGAGCGUCAUUGCUUCUAGACAUAAAAAGAAGAUCGUAAAAUUGUUGACUAGUUUUGUUCGAACAAAAGGAGGGGACUUUUUUCCUUCAAAUUAAGAUAUCCUUUUUAGUAGAGUAUUAUUAACCUUUUUCUCCCUGAUGCUGCGUGUGCAAAAAUCUAAUACCUAUAUCAAUGAGAUUUGUGGAUGAACAUAUUCAAACGACGAGUAAGAAAUAU